UAUCCAUGUGCUCUGUAAUUUUAAUUUUAAUUUCCCAAGUGUCCUAUACAUAUUGAAUCAAAAGAAAAAUCAGCAUAUGCCCUAAAAGCUUAAAUGGUAUAAAGGGUGGGUCCUAUACAAACCUCCCAUGAACUGAUCUCUUCCUUCUUCUUCUUCCUUCUUCUUCUUCUUCUUCUUCUUCCUCUACUCACUAAAUUGUCCCUCAUAAGAAAGAUUCAAAGAUCUUGUGAUAUUGAUCUCCAACAAGUUCUUUAUAUAAGCUAGGAAAAUUGAUUAGCUCACAAUUCAUAAGAGGAGUUGAUCAUUGGUGGGCUUUGAGCGUGUGUAUACAUAUAUAUUAAUAUAUAUAUAUAAAUAUAUAUGUAUAUGUAUGAGGAGGAAAGGAACAAUAUUAAUAAUAAUCAAGAAGGAUUGAGAUUGGAGAUGGCCUUUCCACAACAUGGCUUCAUGUUUCAGCAACUCCAUGAAGACAAUGCUCAUCACUUACCUUCCCCUACCUCUCUCCCUUCUUGUCCUCCUCACCUCUUCUAUGGAGGAGGAGGAGGAAACUACAUGAUGAACAGAUCAAUGUCGUUCACGGGAGUAUCAGAUCAUCAUCAUCAUCUAACUCAAAAAAGCCCGACAACAACGAACAACAUGAAUGAUCAAGACCAGGUAGGCGAGGAAGACAAUCUAUCAGAUGAUGGGUCACAUAUGAUGUUAGGAGAGAAGAAGAAGAGGCUGAAUUUAGAGCAAGUUAGGGCAUUAGAGAAGAGCUUCGAGCUAGGGAACAAGCUGGAGCCAGAGAGGAAGAUGCAGCUUGCUAAGGCUUUAGGGUUGCAGCCUAGGCAGAUUGCGAUAUGGUUUCAGAACAGGAGAGCUAGGUGGAAGACAAAGCAGCUCGAGAGAGACUAUGAUUCUCUCAAGAAACAGUUCGAUGUUUUGAAAUCAGACAAUGAUUCUCUUCUUGCCCACAACAAGAAACUACAUGCUGAGUUAGUGGCAUUGAAAAAACACGACCGUAAAGAAUCAGCAAAGAUCAAGAGAGAAUUGGCAGAAGCUUCAUGGAGCAACAAUGGGAGCACAGAAAAUAAUCAUAACAAUAAUAGUUCAGACGUUAAUCAUGUGAGCAUGAUCAAAGAUCUUUUUCCCUCUUCAAUCCCAUCCGCAACCACGACCACGACCUCGACCAAUAUUGAUCAUCAGAUUGUUCAAGAACAAGAUCCAGGGUUUUGCAAUAUGUUCAAUGGUAUUGAUGAAACGACGUCGGCUAGUUAUUGGGCAUGGCCUGACCAGCAGCAACAACAUCACAAUCAUCAUCAGUUCAAUUGAUUAUAUUGUCUAAGAACAACAUCAUACUCAUCUUGAUAUCAUUAUUAUCAUCAAAAGAAAAUUUCGUAGAUUUUUUUAAUUGAGUGUUUUAUAAUUA